GCGCUUACAGCUUGCAUGGUGCCUCUUGAGUCUCAGCCCAGUGGCCUCCACCGGCGCAGUGUCUGGACCACGUGCCCUGUGUUUGCCGACGGCGGUCAGCGCGGACCUUCGCAAGAACCUGACCAAUGCGGAGGGAGAGUCCUUUCCAGUCGGGAUGGUGGUGCAAGCAUGGGCUUCUGCUGAGUUGGUGAGUGCACUCAUGGAAAUCCUCAUCAGUGAAAUGCUGGGGUACCAUGUGCGCGUAGACCCGACAGCAGCGGUGGAUGGCGCAGCGGGUAUCCAUGCGGUGCUAGGCUGUCGGACCUGGAUGAAUGAGAAGGAUCGCGGUUGCGACACACGUCAAGUGACGAAUCAUCUCCUGGUCGAGAGCUGGUGGUUAGGCUGGACGCACGUGGUCGAAGACUUGACAGAGAUCUACAAGGCUGAGAUGCCUGUCAGUGGAGGAGAGAUGGGAUACGAUGGUGUCUCGCCACAUUUUUGUUUCACGGUUUGCAAAAAGGCGCUUAGAGACAACUUGGGACAGAUACCAUCCAUUGAUACUUGUGGAACAGAAGUGAUGAAGGAAUUUUUUGUGCCUCAGCGUGCAAUGCAAGCAGGGCAAGCUGAAGGCAUUGCUUUGGACUUCUAUAAGAGUUACAAUGCUAGUUGGCACAAGCCGUGGAGAUUUUUCAUGAACAUCACAGUCAUGAACCUCACGGACGAUUUCAUGCCCUGCGUGGACACCAUGCUUGUGAACAAUGCAACUGGCUACUACUACUGGAAACUCACGGGUGACGACGAUGGCGUUGUCAUCACGGGACAAGAGUAUGCCGCCUUCUGCGAGAAUGGCUACACUUGGAUGUCUCCUUCGUGCAGGAAUUGGCCAUCUAGCUGUGUGAUCUACCUGACGGGGGGCAAUGGCUGGGGCGUGUUGCAAGGCAUGCAACGAGCUGCUGUCUUCAACAUUCCGCUGGGAAUCGCUGUUGCUCGCUCCUGGAGCAAGUACGUGGCGUUGCCUUCUGCUUAUACGACCUUGCUGAAUUGGUGGACGCCGGAUGAUUCCUUUCUGGAGUUGAAUCCGACUCCGUUGAUCUUUCCUCGGCGGAGUGAGCUCGCGCACCUCCAACAGGAUCUCACCUCUGCCAUGGAGGCGGUGCACCUCACUAAGCUGAUCAGCCACGAUUUGGAAUUCAUGGCGCCUGGGGUGGUGCAGUUUCUGCGGCAGAGCCAGAUUUAUCUGAGCGAAGUGAACGACCUGAUGCGAGCCCGAAAGGCUGGUCAUUCGAUCCACGAGGCGGCUUGUGAGUGGCUGAGAAGCCACGAGACACGCUGGCGUCCUUGGAUUCCGGAUCCCACCGCAUGUGCACGUGGCUAUGGUCUUCAUGAUGAGUAUUUGGGUGAGUUCACCUCGUCUCGACCAAAUGCCACCGGCUGCAAGGCGUGCCUUCCGGGCACGUAUUCGGACUCCUUUCAAGACGAUCAAGGUAGGAGCUAUGUCUGCACCCCCUGCCCAGCUGGCACGGAGCAGCCGGCUGCCGGAGAAGUGGUUUGCAAGAAUUGUCCUGUGGGAACUUUCAAGGCUGUGCAAUCCAGUGAUCAGUGCACACCAUGCCCGAAGGGCUUCUACCAAAACCACACUGGAGCACAGACGUGCAAAGAAUGCCCACAAGGGACGACUACACUCUUGCUAGGGGCAAAGAGAGGCUCCGAAUGCGUUUGCCGAGCAGGUUCCAUUGACUUAUCUUCUGCUGAAUCGGAAGUUGCUCAUUGUGCGGCCUGCCCUGAUGGAUUGACUUGCCCAGACGGCAGCACGAUGAAUCUGCUCCAGUCAGGCGACCAAACUGGAAGUAAGGCUGAUCAAGUGCCUGGAAUCGCAGCUGGAUUUUUCAGCUGGCCGGCAGAACCUCUCAAGGUCUUCAAAUGUCGCACGGCAAGAUGCCCUGGUGGAAGCCCAGGAACUUGCCAAGGGGGAGCCCUAGGUCCCACAUGUGCUGCAUGCUCUGAUGGAGAGUACUGGGAAAAUGGCCAAUGCUCGGUCUGCCAGGUGUCUUUGAAGGCGUUCUGGUACUGCUUGCCCAUUCUAGUGAUUGCACUCUUGGUCGCUGCUUACUACAUGGUGGAGACACACUACUUGGCCCUGCCCUCGCUGGCCGAAUGCUCGCGCAUGGGCUUCGAGAUGAUGCUGAACUUCGUGCAAAACAUCGGCGUCCUGAGUCUGGUGAUCGUUCCGUGGCCGGAGGGCCUGAAGGAACUCUUCGAGUUCUCGGAGGUCUUUGUGCUAAGUCUUCAGUCUUAUGGUCUCAAUUGCACCUCUAGCAGUGACUUGAACCAGUACCUGGUCGCUGCGGGACUCUUCCUGAGCUUUGCUGCAGUUGCACCCUGCUUGGGCUAUCUCUCACAGUGGGUGCCGUGCUUGCGGCGCAGGGAUUUAAGCUGGAGCUUCUACAGGACCAUUUGCACGAUAGGCAAGAUCUAUCAAUCUCUCUUCGUGACCAUGUGCAGUAUUGGCCUCUCUCCUUUCAUGUGCUACCUUCAUCCAAAUGGAUUGCAUAGCAUGUUGAAAUACCCCAACAUGCUUUGCGGCAGCAUUGAGCAUGGGAUCAUGAGAAUGGCUGGGGUUGCUGUAUUGACCUUGAGUGCCAGCCACUUCGUCCUUUGCUGCUGGGCUUGCUAUCAAGCACCCUCUUGGUCCAGGAAGAGGCCAGAUCGGCUCACCAGUGUGGGAUUUCUCAUCCUGAACUUUCGACCAUCUUCUUGGUGGUACAGCUUGAUCAUACUACUUCGAGGACUUUUCAUCUCCGUGGGACAAGUCAUCGCGCCCGACGCACAAGGGGUGCAGCUGCUGGUGAUGAGUUUGAUCAUGAUUGUUUCUCUUAGCCUUCAGCUCUAUGUGCUCCCUUGGAAAGCCCCACUGCUCAACCUCGUCGAUGCUGUUUCCACAGUCUUGUUUCUGACCUUGUUGGCAGUGGCCCUACACUUGUCACCCGUGGACUCACAAUCCUUCUUGGAUGCCUUUGGAUCCAUCAUCUUCUUCUUCAGUCUCGCACUCAUUACUUCUUUGGGCUGCCUCAUGAUGGGCAUGUUAGCCCUACAACGGUGUUGUCGGACAGAAGGAUCGCACAUCCGGUUGCUGAACCUGGGGACGCCCUUCCGUCCGGCCGACCUGCUCAUGCUUUUGGACUCCAUGUGCGCCAAUUUAAUGCGGAAGCACGAAGUCGAGCGUCAGACGCUGUUGAGGAAGAUGUCGAGUGGAUUGUCUCUCUAUGACAUUCAUGCAGUCGAGAGUGCUUUGAAGGUCUUGUGCGUGGAUUUUGAGCUGCUUGCGGAUGAGUCUGUAAGGGAAAGUCGGAUUGUGGGCGAGCGGAUCAGUCGGAUGAAGAGAAGGACGCUGCUCCUCCACAGCCUCUCGGAGGAUGGCUUUCUGCGCUUGCAGACGGUCGAGCGCCUGACUGCGGAGAGCGAUCUCGAUCGCUCGCAGGAUGAGAACUUCAAGCAGGCUGAAGAUUCGCAUGAAGUCCGGCCAAAGGAUGCAGCCUUUCAAGACCUGGUUCGUCAGACCUUUUCGUUUUGA